UUUUUAAAACAGCGCGAAAUCAAAUCGGCAACAUUGCUGUUUUCUUUUCUGUAUCAGUAACUUCCUGUUGCAUUUUCACCUUUAGAUGAAUGAAAUUUGACGUGCUACUGGAGAAAAAUAUAAUAUGGAGGCGUUGAAUGGACAUGUUUGUCAGCAUAACGUCAACGAUAAAUUGGGAAAAGUUACUGUGGUUCUUGGUACUCAAUGGGGAGACGAAGGCAAAGGAAAAGUUGUUGAUUUACUGUCAUCUAAUGCCGACGUAGUUUGUCGUUAUCAAGGUGGAAAUAAUGCUGGACAUACUGUAUGCGAUGGUUUAACUACAUUUUAUUUCCAUCUUACUCCAAGUGGAAUUAUUCACAAGAAUUGUAAAAGUAUUCUUGGUAAUGGAGUUGUUAUUCAUAUACAACAGUUGUUCAAUGAAAUUGAAGAGAAUGUGAAAAAAGGUCUCACAGGAUGGGAAAAUCGUUUGUUAAUAUCAGAUAGAGCUCACAUAGUAUUUGACUUUCAUCAGCAAGUUGAUGGUAUUCAAGAAGAUUAUCAUCGUAAAACCAGCCUUGGGACAACAAAGAAAGGCAUUGGACCAACAUACGCUGCAAAGGCAUCACGAUCAGGAAUUAGAAUAUGUGAUUUGACCAGUGACUUUGAGUACUUCAAAGAAAGAUUCCAGUCUUUGGUAAUGCAGUACAAAAGAGCGUACCCAAGUUUGGAAGUUAACAUUGAAGAAGAAGUGAAAAAAUAUAAGAAAUUUGCGGACAAAAUUCGACCAUAUGUUUGUGAUACGGUCAGUUUUAUGCACAAAGCUUUGGAGGAAAACAAGCAAAUCUUGAUCGAAGGUGCUAACGCCACAAUGUUAGACUUAGACUUUGGAACCUAUCCCUUUGUCACAUCCAGUAGUUGUUCUUCUGGUGGUGUGUGCAUCGGUCUUGGUAUUUCCCCGCGAUCUAUUGGCCAUGUGAUUGGUGUCGUCAAAGCUUACACAACCAGAGUUGGUGUCGGAGUUCUUCCAACUGAACAAAUAAAUGAGAUUGGUGAAACUUUACAAAGUGUUGGCCGGGAGUUUGGUGUGACCACCGGACGCAAAAGAAGAUGUGGAUGGUUGGAUCUUGUCGUUGUCAGAUAUUCAAAUAUGAUAAAUGGUUAUUCGAGUUUAGCUGUGACGAAGCUAGAUGUUCUUACGAAUCUUGGCGAUCUUAAAAUUGCCAUAAACUACAAGCACAAUGGAAAAAUCUGUUCUGCAUUUCCUGCUUCUUUAAAAGUACAAAAUGAGAUGGAGGUUGAAUAUAUAACAUUGCCAGGAUGGACGGAGGACAUCGGAAAAGUUCGUAAGUACGAUGAUCUUCCCGAAGCUGCUCGGAAUUACAUCAGGAUGAUUGAAAAACACACUGGUUUACCUGUUGAAUACGUUGGUGUUGGACCUACAAGAGACGCCAUGAUUAAACUUUUUUAGAUCGACGGAGAUAGUCAUUUCGAAGAAUUUUCAUUUUUUUAUUUGUAAAUUCCUCUUAAAAUAAGCACACCCUGUUUUCUAUAAGUCUGCAAGAAAGUCAUUGACUUUAUCUUUUACUACAUCUAGCUAUAGCCAAAUAUUUUGGUUUUUGCAAUCAAACUUUACUUGAGUAACUCGUCCUACUUUUCCAAGAUAUUUUUUAUGUACUUUAUAUAAUUUAGAUAAUCUUUUCUUAUUUAGGAGUAUACUUUUCGUCAUUUUAACCAGGCGAAGUACGCUUUAUUAAAAUAUUUAUAGCCUGACAACUUAUAUCUCUGAUCUUCACCACUUCAAAAUGUAAAAUCUCAAAUUUAUUUAUGAGUUGAUGAUUAAUGAC